CAUAAUCCAUUCCCUAUUCAUUGAUUAUCUGUAGAAGCAUGGGGCAAAGUUCUAGUCGCCGCCGCCGACGCAGAACCCCAAGUUCUCCUCUGCCGCCGUCAUCGUCGUCACCUUCUCCUCCGCCGCCGCCGGAGCCGGAGCAGGCGGCUCUUCCGUCACCCUCUUCCUCUCCACAGGAAUCCCCAGAAAUGUCACCACCACGACCCGAUAAAUCCACCGAUCCUUUCCUAUUCCCAGAAACCAAAUCCAGUGUUCUUCCCGACCCGUCCAAAUUCUUUGCCCCUCACCUUCUCUCAAACCCUCUGCCUACCAAUUCUUUUUUCCAGAACUUUGUUCUCAACAAUGGCGAUCAGCCUGAGUACAUUCACCCAUAUCUCAUCCGGUCUUCUCAGUCUGCACUUACUCUCUGUUACCCCUCAAAUUUCAGCAGUCCUUCUUUCACUCACCAAAUUUUCAGCGCUGAUAUCACCAUAACCGGAUUGAGCAGACUCGAACCUGCUGCCCAUAUCAUUUCUUCAUUCAAUGAUCUCAGCGUCACAAUUGACAUCCCUGGCAGCAAUCUUAGGUUCUUUCUGGUUAGGGGAUGCCCUUUCGUGACAUGCAGCAUGAACAGCAAAGUAGAGGUCACCAUUUCAACCAUUCACGAAAUUCUUGAAUGUUGCUCGCAGUACAAUCAGACAAAAUACAUCAUUAAGCUCAACAACAACCAGACUUGGCUGCUAUAUGCUUCUUCCCCCAUAAACUUGACUCACAAUACAUCUACAAUCACUUCUGUUUCUUCCUUUUCGGGCCUAAUUAGGAUUGCUCUAUUGCCUAAUCCUGACCCGAAAUGUGAAGCCAUCCUCCACCGCUUCAGUUCUUGUUAUCCUAUAAGCGGCGAAGCUGUUUUCGCAAGGCCAUUUUCUGUGGAGUACAAAUGGGAGAAGAAAGGAUGGGGGAAUCUGCUCAUGCUUGCACACCCUCUCCAUCUUAAGCUUCUUUCAGAUACUGACUGCACAGUUACUGUUUUGGAGGGAUUGAAGUAUAGAAGUAUUGAUGGCGAUUUGGUGGGUGUUGUGGGAGAUUCAUGGGUUCUGAGGAAUGACCCAAUUGCUGUAACCUGGCAUUCAAUCGAAGGUAUCAACGAGGAAUCAUUCCCCAAGAUAAUCCAAGCUCUCAACAAAGAUGUUGAAGCUCUGGAUCCCAAGGCUAUAGCCACCAAUACAGAAUCUUAUUUCCAGGGAAAGUUGAUUGCCAGAGCUGCAAGGUUGGCAUUGAUUGCUGAAGAGGUUUGCUGUUUUGAUGUUAUUCCGGGAAUUAGGAGCUUCUUGAUAGACACAAUUGAGCCAUGGUUAAAUGGGAGUCUUGAAGGUAAUGCAUUCUUGUAUGAAUCCAAAUGGGGUGGCAUUGUUACUAAACAGAGUUCGUCAGACACUGGAGCAGACUUUGGGUUUGGAAUCUACCAUCACCACCAUUCCCAAAUUGGCUACUUUAUCUAUGGAAUUGCAGUUCUUGCCAAGAUUGAUUCUGUGUGGGGAAGGAAGUACAAGCGCCAAGUUUAUUCCCUUGUGGGGGAUUACAUGAAUUUGGGAAGGCGAGAGGGAUCGCAUUAUCCAAAGCUGAGAUGUUUCGACCUGUGGAAACUCCAUUCUUGGGAGGGAGGGUUAACAGAAUCUGCAGACGGGCGAAACCAGGAGAGCACCAGUGAGGCCGUGAACGCUUAUUAUGCAGCAGCUUUGAUGGGAUUGGUAUAUGGAGACCCAAAUCUUGUGGCAAUCGGGUCUACCCUUUCCGCCAUGGAGAUUCUGUCAGCUCAAACAUGGUGGCAUGUGAGAGAGGAUCCAGAGAACAGUGUAUACACACAGGAAUUCAGGAAGAACAACCGCGUGGUGGGUGUUUUGUGGGCUAACAAAAGAGACAGCGGCAUGAGGUUUGCGCCGCCGGAAUGGCGAGAACGCCGGGUGGGAAUUCAGCUCCUGCCAUUACUUCCGAUCAGCGAAGCGCUGUUUUCCGAUCUCCAGUUUGUGAAGGAACUGGUGGAGUGGACUGAGCCGGCCCUGAGGAGAGACGGGGUGGAAGAUGCGUGGAAGGGAUUUGUUUAUGCUUUGGAAGGACUGUAUGAUCAAGAGGGUGCUCUGGAGAAGAUAAGGAGCUUAAAUGGAUAUGAGGAGGGAAACUCUGAGACAAAUCUUCUGUGGUGGAUUCAUAGUAGAGACGAUCUUGGGGAGGAAACUGAUAGAGCAAGGAAGCUGUGCUGGUCUCGUCACUACACCCAUUGAAUCCGUGCAUGGCAUGAAAUGGAAUCAUCAAUCUCUCUGUGUAUCAUAAAUGUAUAAUCAUGUGUGUUUAAUUUCUUCUGUUCAUACUGUAUAUUUCUUAUAAUUAACAAUGUCUGAUCUGCCACUAUAUUAAUUAUUUUGCAUCUUAUGUAACUAUUUUAUGAAAAUAAUACAUUAUUUAUGAAGAUCAA